AUGAAAACGGCGUUCAAGAUCAAACUGACCCAUCGGGACAUGUACAGCGUUGUCCCUCCGAGCGGCUUCAUUAACCCAGGUGAGAGAACAGUGAUAGAUCUGAUUUUGCAACCAUUCGAAUGGAACCCUGCCGUGGCCGAAAAAAACAAAAUGCUGGUUCAAAGUCUGCAAAUGAUGCCUGAUGAUAUGAGCACCGUUCAAGACACGUUUGCUAUGGGCAUUCCAACGAUGGAUCAAAAGGUUGUACUGAACUUACCACCGCCUGGGGCUCCAUUAGCAUCACCUCUGGACGCCGGCGGCUUUCAAGAGCCAAUGAUGCCGAUGUAA